CUAUAUCUGAGUGGAGCCACGUCACUGUCCUCCGUACGUGUCGGCUUCAGACUCGGCCUCUCUUCUUCUUCUUCCUCAACCUCGAUUGUGUUACAGUCCCACUCUCGAUGUGCCAACCAUGGCGUCCAAGCAAAUCGACUCCGACGCCAAAUUCACUGGAGACAAAUCGAAUUUUGGUAUUGAGUCCUUGACAAAUCGGGUAAAUUCGCUCAAAAGGCAAAUUCAAGCCGAGAGAGUUGUUUCAGUAAAGAUGAAGCUUGAGAGCAAUGCACUGAGGCUUGCAAGCAACGUUGCUCUGGUUAUGUCUGCAACUUCUAGACAUGUUCCGUCAUUUGUAGAAGAAAGUAGGAACGGAAAAAUGCUUCUCUCAAGAAUGGAGCUUCCUCUUUGUAAGUUAUCUGGGAUUGCUUCUGGUUCUGAAGAUAAAGACUACAUUAACAAUCAGGAGGUAGUAUACUCCAUCAGUAUUAAACUUCCAUACGUUGAGAGAUUACCUCCUUACACAACGUGGAUAUUUUUGGACAGGAAUCAGAGAAUGGCUGAGGACCAGUCGGUAGUCGGAAGAAGACGCAUUUAUUAUGACCAGCAUGGCAGUGAAGCCUUGAUCUGUAGUGACAGUGAGGAAGAACUUGCAGAACCCGAGGAUGAAAAACAUGAGUUUUCUGAGGGUGAAGACCGUGUUCUACAGAUUAUUAUUCAGGAACAUGGAGUAGGCGAGGAUGUACUUCAAAUUUUAAGUCAUUCCAUUGGCUGUACCACUUCAGAAAUCCAGGAGCGGUUUAAUGUCCUUAAGGAAAGGAAUUGCAAAACGGAUUCAAGUUCUAAAGCUUUGGAAGAAUUGAAGUCCAACAAUGGAAUAUCUUUAUACAAGAGCCUCAGUUCAACAUUAGAUUCUUUUGAUAACCUCUUUUGCCGUCGCUGUAUGCUAUUUGAUUGCCGUCUACAUGGGUGCUCUCAAUCGUUAACCUAUCCUAUUGAAAAGCUGCUUUAUUGGCCUGAACAUGAGGAAGAAAGAAAACCUUGCAGUAACCAAUGUUUCCUUAAGCAAACACAAGGGAAAACUCCAGAACGAAGUAACAAGAGACCAAGAUCAUCCAAACCUGAAGAGUUAAGUGCUCAUGUUGAUGCUGACAUCGUACAGAAUGAAAGAUGUCUUGCUGAAAAACUGAUAUCCAUUACUCCUGAAUCCAUUUCUGUGACUGAGACGACCAUAGGCUUAAAUUCAGAUGCUUCUGUAGGAACUGCUAUCAGUCCUGAAACUGGGACCAAGCAGAGAGCCGUGGAGCACCAAAAUAAGGUUUCAGCGUCAAAUGACCCUGAACUAAUUUCUAACAAUUCUUCAGAUUGCAAGAAACAAAAAAUGUUGUCAGCCACGGAUGUUGUAAAUGCCCCUACUGACACCAUCCCUGGACUCUGCAAUAUUACCAUCACCAGAUAUAAUCAUGAGGAUAUACAUGGACUUCAAAAAAUUGAACUUCAAAGGAAUGAUAUAUCCUUGAGUGAAGCCACCGGACAAGCUAAGGAGAAAGUUCCUCCCUCAGAUAUUACUUCAUGUGAUAAUUUGGACACUGGCAGGUAUAGCACUGUAGAAGUCAAAGAAUUGUCAACCUCGAAGUUGUCGGUUGAAGCUGUCAAUGAACAAGUUGAAGGAACGUGUGAAAGUUCGUUGUGGAAGCUCAUGGAAAAAGAAUUGUACAUGAAGGGAAUAGAGAUAUUUGGAAGAAACAGUUGCCUCAUAUCUAGAAACCUACUCUCUGGAUUGAAGACUUGCAUGGAGGUAUUCAAUUACAUGCACAAUGGUGGAGCUUCAACUUCCCAAAGAUCGAACAGCACGCUAAACUCAAAUGCAGAUGACAAUGGAAAAACUGAUAUUGACUAUAAGGAACAGGACAUGCGAACUAGAUCACGGCUACUCCGUAAACGAGGAAAGGCACGGAAGCUCAAGUAUUCUUGGAAAUCUGCUGGUCAUCCAUCAUUUUGGAAAAGGAUUGCUGAUGGAAAAAAUCAAUCUUGUAAACAAUAUGCACCGUGUGGAUGCUUGUCUUCAUGUGGAAAGCAAUGCCCUUGUCUUCAUAAUGGAACCUGCUGUGAAAAAUAUUGUGGGUGCUCAAAAAGUUGCAAAAAUAGGUUCAGGGGAUGUCACUGUGCUAAGAGUCAAUGCAGAAGCAGGCAGUGCCCAUGUUUUGCCGCGGGACGUGAAUGUGACCCUGAUGUAUGCCGAAAUUGUUGGGUCAGUUGUGGCGACGGUUCACUGGGAGAGCCACCUAGACAGGGAGAUGGCCAGUGUGGUAACAUGCGGCUCCUCCUAAGGCAACAGCAGAGAAUUCUCCUGUCCAAGUCUGAUGUUGCUGGAUGGGGAGCGUUUUUGAAGAACUCCGUCAACAAGAAUGAUUAUCUUGGAGAGUAUACAGGGGAAUUAAUCUCACAUCGAGAAGCAGAUAAGCGUGGGAAAAUUUACGAUCGUGCAAACUCUUCUUUCCUUUUUGACUUGAAUGAUCAGUAUGUUCUAGAUGCCUAUCGUAAAGGAGACAAGCUAAAGUUUGCAAAUCAUUCAUCAAACCCCAACUGUUACGCGAAGGUAAUGUUGGUGGCAGGAGAUCAUAGGGUAGGCAUUUUUGCCAAGGAGCAUAUUGAUGCUAGUGAAGAGCUUUUCUAUGAUUACCGCUAUGGACCCGAUCAAGCGCCUGCAUGGGCUCGAAGACCUGAGGGUUCCAAGAGAGACGAUGGCUCAGUUUCCCAAGGGAGAGCAAAGAAACACCAAUCUCAUUGAUUUGCCAUUGGCAAGGUUUGGAUGCAUAAACCAUGUCCGUGUCCAUGCUUGCUACCUAUUAUGCUUUUAAGAAGUUAUAGAAACAACCAUAUAUGUUAAUAUGCAUAGGAUUAUUCUAGGAUAUAAUAUAAAACGCUAAUAAAAUGUGAGAAAUAAUGAACAUUAUGUAAUUGUAUACCCCGAUUCAGUAUCAUUUUAUGCAAAUCGGGCAAACUGAUUUGCACAUAGACAAACUAGCUUGUAUCUUAAUGGUGCUGGAUUGAAAUGAUUGUUGGUUUGGUUUUUCAGUUUA